GUUUGCUUCUGGUUUCACCGACCAGCCUUACCUCCCACGCCCGUUUCCGGAUUUCGGGAGGCGGCGACUCCCGGCUCUUUCUCGGGGAGAGGGGAGGAAGCCUCUCCGGGGGAACAUGGCGCACCAGCUCAGAGACUGCAAGGCCUGGCAGGAUGCGGGACUUGUUCUUUCAACCACAAGUAAUGAGGCCUGUAAAAUGUAUGAUGCUGCCCUGACUCAGUAUGUGACCUGGAAAAAUGAUAAUAGUUUAGGGGGCCUUGAAGGAACUUUCUCAAAACUACAGGCAGCUGACCCUAAUUUUUUAAUGGGUCAUGUGAUCGCUAAUGGUUUGGUUCUGAUUGGUACUGGGAGUUCACCUCGACUUGACAGAAAACUAGAUGGUGCAAUAAAGAAAAUGCUGGCACUGUCACAGUCUCAGCCAUUGACUGAACGAGAGAAAUUACACGUCUCUGCAUUGGAGCUGUUUGCUAAUGGGCAGCUCCCAAAAGCUUGUGAUACCUGGGAUCAAAUACUACAGAACCACCCAACUGACCUCUUAGCCCUCAAAUUUGCACAUGACACUUAUUUCUACUUGGGACAUCAAACCCAGAUGAGAGACUCCAUUGCUCGAGUCUAUCCUUAUUGGACACCAGACAUUCCUCUUAGUAGCUACUUAAAAGGCAUGUACUCCUUUGGACUGAUGGAAACCAAUUUCUUUGAUCGUGCUGAGAAGCUUGCCUAUGAGGCUUUAGCUAUCAACCAAACAGAUGCAUGGUCUGUCCACACCAUAGCUCAUGUGAACGAAAUGAAGGCAGAUCUGAAGAGUGGGCUGUCGUUUAUGAAGCAAACUGAAAACAACUGGAAGGAUAGUGACAUGCUUGCUUGCCACAACUACUGGCACUGGGCUUUGUAUUUUAUUGAAAAGGGUGACUACGAGGCUGCUUUGACAAUUUAUGACACUCAUAUUGCUCCCAGGUGCCAGUUGAGUGGAUCUAUGCUGGAUGUUGUGGACAAUUGCUCCAUGCUGUAUCGGCUUCAGUUAGAAGGCCUGAAGGUUGGUGACAGGUGGAAAGCAGUAAACCAGCUGACAAGAAAACAUGCCAAAGAUCACAUCCUGGUUUUCAAUGAUGCUCAUAUUCUGAUGUCUUCAUUGGGGGCCCAGGACCACAAAACUACUGAUGAACUCUUAACAACUCUCCAUGAAGUCACCCAGGAACCUGAUGAAGACCAUGAGCUAAACUUAGUUCCAAAAUUAGGGCUGCCUCUUUUGAAAGCAUUCAUAGAGUUUGAUCAUGGCAAUUAUGACAAGGCAGUGGAAUUACUGUAUCCCAUUCGCUACCAAAUUGUUGAAAUAGGAGGGAGCAAUGCUCAGAGAGAUAUUUUUGCCCAGUUCCUGAUUCAUGCUGCUUUGAAAUGUAAAUCUAAAGCUAACCAAAAACUUGCUAGGUGCCUCCUUCUAGAACGUGAUGAACUGAGACCAAAUUCACCAUUGACUGAGCGACUGUUGCGGAAGACCACAGCCCUUCAUGCUCUGGGAUAAACCUUAGAAAAAAGCCUUGUUGUUCAACAAGUUAGUCAUCAGCUUUACUAAUCAACAGUUUCUUAUUGUGACAAGAAGCAAACCACAUUGAAGAGACACUAUGUAGCAUUUUUUCCACUUCCGCUUUUUAGAAUACCUCUUAAUUUUGCACCUCUUUGAUAAAAUUGCUUUAACUGUCCAAAGUAAAAUGUUCCCAUAUAUAUUUAGGGAGGCAAAGGGGAGUGGGGCAUGAGAAGAUAGCUAGAGGAAGAUUGUUUUGUAAGGUUAUUGCUGUUUCUAGAAUUGCAUGGGAUAAAGUUGUAUAGUGUAACUGGGAAACUAAUGCACCAAUACUGUAAAAACUGUAUUGCCAAUGUGCCUUGGCAGCCUCAGAAACUAUUGUCAUGAUGCAAUUAAUAGUUUGGGGACUACAGGUUGCAUACACAAAUAUGCAAUACAAAUUUGUCCACACAGUGCCUCCAAAAGUGCCUUGGGUAUGCUUGUGAAUAUAUCUUGUUGGCAACCUUGGAGUUUUCUUUCAUUUCAGGGGAAUUAUGGCAAUAGUUGCUCAGUGUUAUUUCCCUGCUCUCUUAUCAUUUGUAAACUGGAAGAUGUUAUCAUAUAGCUGACCAAUUCACAAUGUUCUCUUCUUACAUUUUUUAAAUUAAUGCCUGUAGUUUCCAACAAUAUUUUUAUGACUAGGAAUUGCUGCCAUGUAGUAAAAAUUGUGUUGUAUUUCACAAAGCAUUCAAUACCCAGAAUUGUAGUGUUUAUUAAUCAUGCUUUUGGGGGAAGAGGGGUACUGGAGUAAUUAUGCAAACUAUAAUUUCGUCUUUUGUUUAUACAUAGAAAUUGUUUCCCAUUGACCACAAACAUCCCCAUGUUUCCUUUUGAAUAACAUUACCUGUGCCCAUCUUACCAUAUGUUUUGGAUGAUGAACAUUUUAUGUAAUUCAUUCAUGAACUGGAAAUUGGUCACUAUAAUUGCUGCUUCCCAGGGUAGAAAUGGAACCAUUCCUUUAACAAAAUUUAAAUUUGGAUGUACAGUUCAGCAGCUCUCAUUCAGAGCAGAAGAUAAAAUUUGAUGAGAAUACAAAUAUGAUCUUCCUGUGGUUCUUUCUCUCGCACUUUCUUUGCUGCUUCCUAAAUUAGGUUUGUGGGAUGAGAACUGCCAUGUGCUGCCUUCCUCUGACACAUGGAUAGCAUGAGAAUAUCCAGAUGAUGUGGCAGCGGCAUUUUGCAAGUGCUCAUCUGAAGAGGCCCAGAAUACUUUUUUUUAUUAACACAACACCAUACAAAAAAUAAUCCUUUUUGGGCACUGAAAAAUAAUACAAUAGAAAAGCCAUGGGUUUUUUUUCUUAAAAAGCAAGCAACUAGCAAAGACAAUCUUUUUUUCUAAAAAAGAAGUGAUAAAAUCAGCAGCAUCUUUUUUGAAUGUGGUAAUAAAGACAAAGUCCACGUUCUAGACUUUAAGGGACGUGGGUAGCGCUGUGGGUUAAACUACAGGCUUGCCGAUCAGAAGGUCAGCGGUUCGAAUCCCUGUGACGGGGUGAGCUCCCGUUUCUUGGUCCCAGCUCCUGCCAACCUAGCAAUUUGAAAGCACAUCAAAGUGAGAUGAGCAAGAUGCCAGUAGACAUAAUAUCUGACUUCUCAGACUUUCAAGAGGAAUUCCUGAAAUUGCUAUGGGAUCUAAGAAGCAAAGUACAUCAGAAUACAAUACAGAUCAGAAAAAUAAACCAGAAGCGUGUGGAAAUUGAAAAAGGACUAAUUUCAUCAGCGAGUGUAGAGAAGAUGAACAUUCAUCAGCCCUGGACAAUGCAAUUGAACCUAAAGAAGAGGAAGGGGCAUGGAAUAUUGUGCCCCCAGUGAGAGGGGGAGAACAAGACCCAUGCUUGACUCAAAGGGUUUUUAAAGAAGAACCAGCAUGGAAUAAUGCCCUCCCAGUGAGAGAGGGAGAGCAGGAUCCAUACUGGGGUCAGAAUCUAAGGGGAAUUAAAAUUGUGAAAGAACUGAAAAAUGAAAAUAUAGAUGGAUGGUAUCAUGUAACAGUUAGAGAACUGGGGAGACAGCAGGGGAUGAAGAAGGAAGUGUGGCGGAUAGGCUGUGACAGAGUGGGAGUGGGGUGGGGAGUAAUAAUGGAUGUUAUUUUAUGAUUAAGAUGGUCCGAAACUGGAAUGACCUAUGGAACUGGCUGAAUCGUCUGGGAGAACUCAAGUCCAGGGGAGGGGGGGAUGAAUUAGAUUUAAGUGUUUAAAUGUUAUUAGGAUAGAUGUAAUAUCUGAAUUUAUGGAAACAUUUUGGGAAUAAAUUUUAGGCUAAGGGGGGAAAUAGAAGAUAGAUGGUAGGGGGGAAAAUUCGAUUUGGAUUGAUGACAUAUAGGUCAAGGAUAGUUGAUGUUUUUAGAAUAGGAAUAGUUGAGAGAUAUUGAAAAAAUUUGCUUAAGUUGGAUUUCCCCCAGUGAGGGGGGAAUUGAGGAAGUCUACAAUGUUAAGUAAAAAUGAAAGAUUUGUUGUGAUAUUUUCUUCUUCUUUUUUUUGUCUUUUUGUGAUUUUUUUAUUUUGUAUUGUUUGAAAAUGAAUAAAAAUUACUGGGGGGCGAGGAGAAAGUAGAGUCACCUGUAUUGGUUGUCCAUAAAGCCAGCUUACACCCUGCAUUCCAAUUUUUCUCAUUUGUUCUCUCUCUUUCUGAAGUCCAUUUCCUGUCAUCUAAGAAAAGUGGAUGAAGUACAAAAAGUAUCAAUGGUGAGAUUGAAGGAGCCAAUUUAGGAGCCCACUAAAUGGUAGAUUUAGUACUCUAUAUAUUAUUAUCAGACUCCAUUUGGCACCGUGUUUGACUAAAGCUUAUUCAUGUAGCAUUGGUUCUGGCCAACCUAAAUCUUAAGAUCCUCACCUUUUUUAAAAGUAGAGAAAGAGUGGAAUGGAAAUUCAAAAUAGGACUACAGUGGUACCUCGGGUUACAGACUCCGCUAACCCAGAAAUAGUACCUUGGGUUAAGAACUUUGCUUCAGGAUGAGAAUAGAAAUCGUGCUCCGGCGGCACGGCAGCAGCAGGAGGCCCCAUUAGCUAAAGUGGUGCUUCAGGUUAAGAACAGUUUCAGGUUAAGAACGGACCUCCGGAACGAAUUAAGUUCUUAACCAGAGGUACCACUGUAUUAGAUUUAUAUGCUACAGGCCUUUCUGAAUCUACUUUUCAGUGAGGAAAACCUUCAUGCUCUGGAUUGCCACUGGGUGUCAUUUGAAUUGCUUUUCUACAUUCUGUACUAACUCCUGGAUUGAAGUCCUUCUGGCAUGCAGGGGCAUAGGAAGCGGGGUGGGGGGCAGACCACUCCAGGUGCCCUCACUGGCAGCAUUCCCCCCUUCCCCCUUUGUUUUGACAGUUUGGGGGAGGCUUGGGAGUUGCGGGCAGGUGGCACGCCGAAUGUCCACCAUGAGCGGCUUGCUCUGCCCCCAGGUGCAGGGCAGCACGGGUAUAUGUUCCGCCACUGCUGGCAUGCUGAUUAUAUCCAUGAUGGGUGGCAUGAAUACCUAUGUGUGUGUGUUGAAGUAAUGCUGUAAAGAGUGGAAAAAGAAUUAUUCCAAAAACAUCCACUGUUAAGCUGAUAAUUUGAUUUCUCGUGAAUUGUUCUUAAAACACUGAAAAUGUAGUGUACAAUUAAACUUGAUGUGGAGCCUGUCACUGGUGUAAUCAAGCCAACAUGAAGCAUUUUAAGUACAAAUUAAUUUCAAAACAAGAGAGUUAGAUCAGUCUCAGUUUUAAAAAGAAGAACAUUUUAAUGUUUUCUCUGAGCUUUGGGUCAUUAUAUACAGCCUGGUAUAAAACUCCCCCUCCCAACCCCUCUCUUCUUAAAGCCAACAGCAACAAAACCGCCACUGUAUUUGAAGGGAAAUUUCCCUUUUUGGGUUUCUGUGUCUCUGGAAAGAAUUUUCAAGGAAGGCAGACACCAGUUCCCAGCUAUAUGCUUCCUGAUAAGGAAGUAGCUCCGGUAAAGGCAGCUAUAAAUAACUCUGUGUGUGUGUGUGUGUGUGAGAGAGAGAGAGAGAGAGAGAGAGAGAGAAUUUUGAAAAUGAAGGGAGAUUUAUUUACUGAUGUUCAUCUAAAGAGAGAUUGGCUUCGGAUUAGAAGCAUAGGUUUUCCUUUUACCCCAGUUCUUGUUGUAGAGCUGUUUACUCUGUUGUUUAUCCUGCUAAGUCGAUAAAAUGAAUACCGUAACACGGAAUCUGAUGUGCUAGACUGUUUUUGUUCGUUACAGUGCAAGUUCCAGCAUAAUCUCCAUAUUUCUUUUCUCCUCACUGCACCCUUUUUAAAGGAAACAUGCAGCCUGAAGUAGAGUUCUGGUAAAAUUGCUCACUCCUUUUUUCUUUUUGGUUGGUCCUAAGAAAGGCAUCGUUUUACUAUCUUUGUAUGGACUUCUUGACAGGUUUUCCUCUACAAUCCUUUUUGAGAGAACCCUUUUUGUUUUGUCCACCCUGCUCCCCCAAACCUGUGCAGAGGGCUUUCCCCACCGUGCUUCUUCAUUUCCACAGAUCAUGCACAAUUAAUACAGUAUUAAUUAAUUAUGGGGAGAGGUUGUUGCUGGCACAAGACGCGAGACUUUCCUGCUUAUGAAGUAAAUGCUUUGAUGCUGAGCUUUAAAGACCAUUUCCGUCAGCUCCAGCCAGCAGAGCAGUGGAAUGAUAUUUCGAGCAGCCUCUCCUUACCAAGUUAAGAAAGUAAGAACCACUCUGUCCUGAAGAGAAUUUUCAAAGCACAACAGAACAAAAGGAUUGGAGAAUAGAAGAACUGCUGAGGUCUUCAGAGGAGAGAUGGGGAGCUGGUGGCUGUCUAGAGGCUGCUGGACUAAAGCUUCUGUCAUCCCUGACGUUUUGCCAGUACUGGUUGGGGAUGAAGUGAGAAAGGGUUCAACAGCACCUGCUGCAGCACCACAGGUGCCCCACACCUGAUACAAGAGCAGGGGUCAGCAAACGUUUUCAGCAGGGGGCCAGUCCACUGUCCCUCAGACCUUGUGGGGGGCCGGACUAUAUUUUGAAAAAAAUAUAUAAAUGAAUUCCUAUGCCCCACAACUAACCCAGAGAUGCAUUUUAAAUAGAAGGGCACAUUCUACUCAUGUAAAAACACACUGAUUCCCAGACUGUCCACGGGCCAGAUGUAGAAGGAGAUUGGGCUGGAUCCGGCCCCCGGGCCUUGGUUUGCCUACCCAUGUACAAGAGUCUUUUAAAAAAAAUUAAAUCAGAUUUUUUAAAAAAUAAAAUGCUUUUUGAGGAAAAUGUAUUACCAUUCAAAGGUUAUUCCAUCAUGAAAUAAAGAUUAGUUUUUAAAUUAUGUAGAAUAAGGCUGUAUAUGUUUAAUUUUUUUGGUAAAUGAAUUCCAUUAAUCUAUUCACAAUGUCAUGCUCUUCCAGAGGUUUUUGUAAGAUUAUUGGGCAGUUUCUCUGCCUACAAGAUAUUAUCACAGAUGCUUGGUUUACUUUUGCAGUUCUCAAAACUGAAUUUGACUCAGCAAAGAUCAUAUGCCUCUUCUUCACACCAAAAAUGUUAUAACAUGAACAGAGUUGAGAAAAAGACCCUAAUCCUAUUGUUCUACAAACCUAUGAAUACAGAAUCAACCCCUUCAGUGCUAAGUUUCAAGAAGUUCAGUGAAUAGAAUAGAAACAAUAUUUUUCUGAUUGUUUGGAGUGGAAAAGAUCUGCACAAGAAGAAAGUGAAACGAAGUGUGAGGAGGAAGAGGCAAGCAGACAAGCAGUACAAAAUGAAAGUGAAACUUUCUGAGCACAAUACUGUACUGCACAACCACAGACAGACAAGUCUUUGAAUCUUUUUGUGUGUAUGCCCUGAGGUUUAUCACAUUCUUUCCUUAGAGGAAAAAAAACCUAUAAUGGCAGCAGGCCGUAAAAGAGACCCAGUUUGGCAAUAUUUUAAUGAAGUUCCUUUACCUAUCGGUAAGGCAGGCAUGCGUGCAAAAUGCAAACACUGCAACAAAGAAAUGCAAGGCCUGGGGGCCCGAAUGAGGCAACAUCAUGAGAAGUGCUGUGAUGAAGAUGACCAAAGAAACACAUUUGAACAGGCAGGAUCUUCAGGUUGGUAAACAUUAUUAUUGAAUCAUAUUUCUAAAGACUGCCUUGAAGUGUCAUGUUUGAGCAAAAUUAUAUUUCUUAUUAUUACUGCAUGUUACUGUCAUUUGGAGAAAAUAUGAAGAAAAGCAAAUAUUCCUUUUGGGGCAGUGCUGUGUACAAUAAGCAGAAAUUGUAUAAACAAUAAAAUAACAGCGCUGACUUUUUUGUUUAGAGGAAUUCAUGGAUUCUGGAAACUGUCCACCUUCAAGAAGAUCACCAUCCUCCUGUUCUACAGUUUCAGAGUUAUCCAUCCAGGAUAGUGCUUCAUGAGCAUCAUCAUCAUCAAACACCCACAGCCACAUAUCACUAUCACCUAAAAGAAAGAAAGAAAAACCUUCCCUCCUGGAACUACCAUAGAUAAACUAGCAGAUUAAAAAAGAGUUAAUUGAUGAAAAAAUUGCCCAGUUUGUUUAUGCAAUGAACUCUUCUUUCAAUCUGACUGAGAACCCACAUUUCAUUAAUAUGGUUCAGUCACUGAGACCAGGAUACAGUCCACCUAGCAGAGCAGAUGUUUCAGGGAAACUGCUGGAAAAAGUGUAUGACAGAGAAAUGGAGUAAUAUGCAACAGCUCUGAAGGGUAGAAUAGAGUAAUGUCCACAAUGAACCUGUUGUAUGUGCUUGUAUAACAACAGAAGAAGGGAAAGUCUUCCUUCCACAAACAAUUGAUACGUCAGGAAAUGCACACACAGCAGAAUACUUGCAAGAAGUGGCAGUAAAAGCUAUAACAUGUGAACAAAAAUUCAAAUGUAUCCAAGAUGAGAAGAUGCAAAUGUAUCCAAGAUGAGAAGAAAUUUAGAAGAGUGGGAAGGGAAUAAGCUAAUAACAUAUGGUUGCAGUGCUCACACCUCUUAGCCAAAGAUUAAGUGUUCCAGAAAUAAAGACGAAUGUUGUCGCUAAAUACUUCCGUAACAAUCAUUUUGCUGCAGCAGCUCUGAAAAGGAUGGAUGGAACCAAGCUAACGCUCCCACAAGAUGUUAGAUGGAACUUUGUGGUGGACUGUUUUGAGCAAUAUAUCUAGAAGUGACCUAUUCUGAUGACAGUUUGUGAACAAAAUUGAGAUAAAAUAGAUGGCACUGUCACGGCCAAAAUCCUCAACAUUGGUCUUAAGAGAAUGUUGAACAUAUGCUGAGCAUCCUGAAACCCAUCUCUGAAGCUUUAAACAAAAUACAGAAAAAUAGCUGUUUUAUUGCUGAUGCUGUUGAAAUUUGGAAGGAACUGAGUGAACACUUAAAAACAGAACUACACAUGGACAGAAUUAAAUUACAAGCAUUAAAAAAACGAAUGGGACAAGUACUGUCUCCAGCUCAUUUUUUGGCAAAUAUUGUCAAUAUCCAGUACCAGGGUCAAAACUUAAGUGCUGAGGAAGAGGAGUUAGCUAUGACAUGGGUAUCCAGCAAUCAUCCAUCUGUAAUGCCAACUAUAAUAAACUUCAAAGCUAAGGGGGAACCAUUCAAGAAAUAUAUGUUUGCUGAAGAUAUUUUAAAGAAAGUCACACCAGUGAACUGGUGGAAGUCACUUAAGCACUUGGAUUUAGAGACAGUUCAAGUAAUGAUUUCACUUUUAACAGCAGUAGCUUCUUUUGCAGGCGUUGAAAGAAUAUUCUCUUCCUUUGGACUCAUUCAUUCUAAAUUGAGAAAUCGUUUGGGACCCGAUAAAGCAGGAAAGCUUGUUUUUCUUUUCCAGAUUAUGAACAGAGAAGAAGAUGAAGAUGAUGAGUGAGCUACAGAGGACAGUUUAAGUUUUUCAUGUGUAGGCUGGGCUGACAGUCUAAGUUUCUUAAAAUAUAUAUAUUUUGUUUAGCCAAAUUAAUUAACAAACAUGGAUGUUUGUUUAAGCAAAUAACAUAUGCUGUAAUGUUAUUGUUUCAGUUGAAUAAGUCUAUUAAAAUUGUUAUUAUUAAGGUAAUGAUUAUUUCCCUCCUUCCUAAGUACAACAGAAAAGUUGUCCAAAUAUGAAUGAUUAACCUAUUAAACUGGGGAUAAAAAAAACUAUUAUGAAAAGUUGUUAUUCUAAAAAUCUUCAUCUACUUGCAUAUUAAAGUUAUACCAGCAAGAAUUAGUCUUUAUGUAGAAAACUAUGAUUUAAAUCAAGCCUUACUGACUAGUGAUUUAAAUUGUGAUUUAAAUCAGUUUGAUUUAAAUUGUGAUUUAAAUCAGUUUGAUUUAAAUCAAAUCCACCCUGGUUUCUGAUGAUGGUAAAUGAAUUUCUUGAUUUGCAAGAAUACCAAGCUUAUUCUCUCUCUUUCAUUUCCUCGAAGCCAACUACCCCUUUCAGUAUUUGCACUUUUUGCUGGUUUUCACUUCCCUCUAAUGACUUGGCAGAGACAUCUUUUCAAAAUUUCCCACUCACGCCGUUACUUCUUGUUCCCUCUUUUUUCCUGCGUAAGGCACUGGAGUUAUCAUCCAGCUUCUUUAAAAACAUCUUUGUGACCUUUUUGUGGUUUGGGCUCAGGCUUUUCAUUUUAUUUCUCACUGACUCUACUAUGGUAAUUAUGAUUCCAUUUCAUGAGAAGGCAAUCCAAGCCAUAUAUAUGCUGUACUAUCAUACAUGUGCAGGAUAUCCCAGAUUGCAGCAUUGCAGGCAGAAUUCAGAGUCCUAAGGGUCUCUGCUUUAAUUUUACUUAAAGCAAGUUUAAAGCCUUCAUGGAUACAAAUAUAUGCUUAAAAGAAGCCUGGUAUCAAUCCAAUAUUCAUUGUAAUGCAUGAGUACGAUAUGCUGAAAAUCAGGUCUGGUGUGUACAUUUUGAAAGAAAGAAAGCCUGCAAGAUUAUUAAAAGAGUUACUUUUUGGUUUUCCAUAGUUGGCGAGAAUAGGGACAGGGUGUUCAGAAGCAUCUUAGAAGGAGACAAAGGGAGUGCAUAUUAGCAAGAGUGCUCUGUAAGAAAGAAGAAGUCCCCACGGUUGUGAGAGUGGGUGGAAGGAGAUAGGGAACUGGAAGGAGAAAACCAUGGUUCAGUCAAAGCAAAGAUGUGCCAGGAGUGUGAGGCAAUGAGAUCAUGAAAGGGGAGAAGAUUUUUUGAUCAACAGAAUACCAUAUUUCACCACCACACACUGUUUUUUCAGUCCAAAUAAUUGGUUCAUUAAUAAUAAUAAUAAUAAUAAUAAUAAUAAUAAUAAUAAUAAUAUCUUAUUUAUACCCCACCCUCCCCAGUAAAAACCAGGCUCAGGGUGGGUGACAACAGUAAAAUUACAAUAAGACGUGAAAGAAAGAAAAACAAUUAAUUAAAAUACAGGUUAAAAUACAAUUUAAAUUUUAAAAUUUAAAAUGCAGCCUCAUUUUAAAAUGGCCCAGAUCAAAACCAUAAGGGAGGAAAACAUAGAGGUCAGACUGUGUCCAGCCCAAAGGCCCUGCAGAAAGAUGUCAAAUUCUUCAGGGCCCUGGUCUCCUGUGAGAGAGCGUUCCACCAAGUUGGGGCCAGUACUGAAAAGGCCCUGGCCCUAGUUGAGACCAGUCUGGUCACCAUAUGGCUUGGGAUCUCAAAAAUGUUGUUAUUUGUGGACCUUAAGGUCCUCCGCGGGGAAUACCAGGAGAGGCGGUCCCAUAGGUAUGAGGGUCCUAGGCCACAUAGGGCUUUAAAGGUCAAAACCAGCACCUUAAAUCUGAUCCUGUACUCCACUGGGAGCCAGUGCAGCUGGUAAAGCACUGGAUGAAUGUGAUCCCGCGGCCGGGACCCCAUAAGGAGCCUCGCUGCGGCAUCCUGCACCCGCUGGAGUUUCUGGGUCAGCUUCAAGGGCAGCUCUCCGUAAAGCGAGUUACAAUAAUCAAGCCUGGAGGUAACCUUUCAUUGUACAAUUGUUGCAUGAUAUCAUUGUGUUCCCCCCCCCCCCCGCCACUUAAACAGAGCAACAAUGUGGCAUUGUGGCAAUUGUGGCUAUGCAUUUCUCUCGCGCACAUUGUGAGCUGUGAGCUUAGAAAGACAGUUUUCAGGGAGUGAAAAGUUGGUACGAGACUGGCAGAAAUGAAAAGACAAGCUAAAAACAAACAUUUCUAGACACGUGUUUAGAGGUCCUAAAACUGGUGUUUCCACAAAUCGAUGAAGUGUUUGUGUAUGUGAAUGAAAUGUGUAACAAUGGCUGCAGUGUAUUGUAUGAAAUGUUGCAAAUGAAGGCAGAAGAAAUGGAUAGAAACUAUGAAAAUUUGCAGUUUUAUGGGGUUUCCUUGAGUUAUCCUGUAUGUUUUGCACACCGCCCCCUUCAGAAUUUUCAUAGUAUAUAUAUUAUUUAUAUAUAUAUUUAUAUAUAUAUAAACCUAUAGCUUAUGAAUAAUUUCCUUAUCUUUGAAUCAUUUACUGAAUGCUGGGAGAGACACUUGUUUUCUGACUUGAAAUGGGAAAAUUGCAACUUACUGUAAGUCUGGCAGUAGAUCUGGUUAUAUGGCUUGUGCUAAGGUGCUUCAUAAAAUAUUUUCUGUUAUUCAUUCAGGGUAGGCUCUCACCCACUUAGUGAUUCACAAGAGGUCUGUGAGAAUAGUUUUUAUAGGUUUGCUCCCCUCUUUUAGCUCCCCUUUCAAAAGAAUCCCAUUUUUAAAAUAAAGUUCCUCAAUGUGAAAGUUUAUUUAAAAUAAAGCCACACUGCAUAGUACUUUACAAACACACACACACACACACA